GGAGCAAAAUCUCCAAAAGAAUAGUUCGUAUGAGGAACUUCCUCGGAAGCUGGCAAAUGAUCAAUUGAAGCAUCAACCACGACAGCAGUAUCGAAUGUCUGGAUAUGAGCAGCCUUCACAGCAGCCACAUGAUGAUCAGACUCGUAAGAAUACACAAAAGAUGAUGCAGCCAUGCCAGCAGACGGAAUACCAAAAUCCUCCUAAGAAGGAUCAGUAUAUAAAUCUGUCUCAGAAUGUGCAGCAGCCUCCACAGAUGCCAAGUGAUGAUCAUAAUAAUGCUUCAAAAAUGAUGCAAGAAAAUCUCCAACCGAAUGAUCCCUGUGACGGUCCUUCCCCAAAUGUUCGUCUUGAGCAGUUGAAGCAGCAGCCACAGCAGGAGUAUCGAGAGUCUUCUUAUGAGAAUUCUGCAAAGAAAUCUUCGCAUGGAAAUGCUCAGAACAUAAGGGAACCCCCACAUCAGCCACACAAUGAUCAUAAGAAUGCUUCCAAAAUGAUGGAGCAAAAUCUCCAAAAGAAUAGUUCGUAUGAGGAACUUCCUCGGAAGCUGGCAAAUGAUCAAUUGAAGCAUCAACCACGACAGCAGUAUCGAAUGUCUGGAUAUGAGCAGCCUUCACAGCAGCCACAUGAUGAUCAGACUCGUAAGAAUACACAAAAGAUGAUGCAGCCAUGCCAGCAGAUGGAAUACCAAAAUCCCACUAAGACGGACGAAUAUGUCGAUCCUCCUCAGAUGAAAAUGGAGUACAAGAAUUCCCCUAAAAUGGAUCUGAAUGAUCAGUUUAAGGAACAGACACCGAUAAUGGAUCGGGUUCUGAUGCCACAUGAUGAUUAUAAGAAUGCUCCCAAAAUGAUGCUGAAGCAUCUCCCAAAGCAGGAUCCGUGUGAACAACUUCCUCAGAAGGCUCCUAAUGAUCAGUUGAAGCAGCAGCCACCGCAGGAGUAUCGAGAGUCUGCUUAUGAGAAUUCUGCAAAGAAAUCUUCGCAUGGAAAUGCUCAGAACAUAAGGGAACCCCCACAUCAGCCACACAAUGAUCAUAAGAAUGCUUCCAAAAUGAUGGAGCAAAAUCUCCAAAAGAAUAGUUCGUAUGAGGAGCUUCCUCGGAAGCUGGCUAAUGAUCAAUUGAAGCAGCAACCACGACAGCAGUAUCGAAUGUCUGGAUAUGAGCAGCCUUCACAGCAGCCACAUGAUGAUCAGACUCGUAAGAAUACACAAAAGAUGAUGCAGCCAUGCCAGCAGACGGAAUACCAAAAUCCUCCUAAGAAGGAUCAGUAUAUAAAUCUGUCUCAGAAUGUGCAGCAGAUGAUGCAGCAGCCACAUGAUGAUCAGACUCGAAAGAAUACACAAAAGAUGAUGCAGCAAAAUCAUCAAACCGAGUACCAAAAUCCUCCUAAGAAGGAUCAGUAUAUAAAUCUGGCUCAGAAUGUGCAGCAGCCUCCACAGAUGCCAAGUGAUGAUCAUAAUAAUGCUUCCAAAAUGAUGCAAGAAAAUCUCCAACCGAAUGAUCCCUGUGACGGUCCUUCCCCAAAUGUUCGUCUUGAGCAGUUGAAGCAGCAGCCACCGCAGGAGUAUCGAGAGUCUUCUUAUGAGAAUUCUGCAAAGAAAUCUUCGCAUGGAAAUGCUCAGAACAUAAGGGAACCCCCACAUCAUCCACACAAUGAUCAUAAGAAUGCUUCCAAAAUGAUGGAGCAAAAUCUCCAAAAGAAUAGUUCGUAUGAGGAGCUUCCUCGGAAGCUGGCUAAUGAUCAAUUGAAGCAGCAACCACGACAGCAGUAUCGAAUGUCUGGAUAUGAGCAGCCUUCACAGCAGCCACAUGAUGAUCAGACUCGUAAGAAUAACGUAAAGAUGAUGCAGCCAUGCCAGCAGACGGAAUACCAAAAUCCCACUAAGACGGACGAAUAUGUCGAUCCUCCUCAGAAGAAAAUGGAGUACAAGAAUUCCCCUAAAACGGAUCCGAAUGAUCAGUUUAAGGAGCAGACACCGCUGUUGUAUCGAGUUCUGAUGCCCCAUGACGAUUAUAAGAAUGCUCCCAAAAUGAUGGUGAAGCAUCUUCCAAAGCAGUGUCCGUGUGAACAACUUCCUGAGAAGGCUCCUAAUGAUCAGUUGAAGCAGCAUCCACUGCAGGAGUAUCGAGUACCUGGUCAUCAGUGUUUUACAAAGAAUCUUUCGCAUGAGAAGUCUCAUCACAUGGUACAGAAAAAUCAGCUGACGGACUACCAAGAUCCCCCUCCGAAAUUUCCCGUUGAUCAUUUAAAGCAGCAGCCCACGCAAGAGUAUCAGGAGUCUGUUUAUCAUAAUUAUGCAAAGAAAACUUACCAUGGAAAUCCCCAGAAUAUGCGGCAGCAUUCUCAGCAGCAACCGUAUGAUCAGCAGACUCGUAUGAAUUCUCCCUCGAUGAUGCAGGAAGGUCAGCAGACGAAGCACCAAAAUCUCCAUAAGAUGGAUCCGUUUGAGGGUGCUCCCUCGCAGGCUUCUCAAAGAAAUCCAUUGAAACAGAACCCAGAGGAACAUUGGGAGCCUACAUAUCUGAAUUAUGAUAAGAAUCCUCAGCAGAUUGUUAAAAAUUCUCCCAAGGAGUCUCAUAAUCACCCAAAGAAGAAUCCGCUUGAGGGUUGUCUUCCGAGGUCUCCGCAUGAUCAAUUGAAGAAACAGCCACCGGAGGAGUAUCGAGUUUCUUCUCAGGUUACUUCUGAUCACUUUAAGCAUCGGGCUCCAGAAGUCUAUCAGAAUUCUACACAGAAACCUUCUCAUGGGUUUGCUCAGGAUAUAAAGCAGCCUUCACAGCAGCCAUUUGAUGUUCCGACUCGUAAGACUGCUCCCAAAUUGUUGCAGGCGGAGUACCAGAAAGCGGCUAAAAAGGAUUCGUUUGAGGCUCCUAUACAGAAGACUCCGAAUGAUCACUUGAAGCAGCAGCCACCGCGGGAGCAUCUGGAGUCAUCUUAUUGCAAUUCAGCAAAGCAGCAGUUGCAUUCCAAUUUGCAAAAGCAGCCGUUCUCGAAUGCUACUCAAGAGCAUGCAGAGAGUAGUUCAAGCCGGAUUAAAACACCUCAUAGCCGAAACUGCACUAAGGCCACUGUCGCCCCUGUGCCACGUGCUCGGUCCAGCAGUCGCCUGGUGCAGCAACAACUUUUUACGAACGCUGACGAUUGCCAACCCUCACACAUUGCCGAUAAAGCUGAGGUAAGAUGUUCCCCCAAAUGCUGCGAAAAGCACAGCUCCAAGAUGGCAUGCAAACACGAGUACCUGUCCACGGAGUCCACGUCCACGGCAUCGACUGUGAUCAGUGUGAAGAACGCCGACGAACUGCGUUCCCUGGUGAGCAACGAAUUGGAAUUACAGGCGGUGAUUAUGGAACUGUCCAACGAUUCUAAGAAGGAGGGGAUAUUGAAUCCGAAACAGUGUACACAUGACAAAACUUACAAGUCGAAGAAAAUGUGGGAGAAUGCAUACACAAGAGCACGAGCAGACCUGGAUAAAGUACAGCAAGUUGAUUACAGUCACACUGUAGAUAAUAUAGUGAGCGAAUCAGUCAUUAGUCCCAUGAUCCGUCAGAUCCAAAGAAUGUACAUUCGAAAUCUUCGUGACGAGAUGGCUUUGGUGGAGUCGCUGGAGUUGGUGCCGCUUCUCGUCAAAGAGGUGUGCGAGAACGUCGAUAACAUGGACCAAAACAAACUUUAACAAUGCCUCCAGUCAUUUCUUUAUUUUAUUUGUUAAGAGUUGUUGGUUUAAUAUAUUUUAUAUACACUUGUGCACAAUAAAAGCGCCAAACAGGCAUAAUGGCGG